GUUUUAUCUCCUUACCGCAAAUAACCAUUUAAAUUUCUUGAUAGUAUUAAGCGAAAGACACCAAGAUGGCGCACCCCGUUUUCACCGUCGAGUCUCAGGAGAAUAUCCAGCAAAAGGCCCAAAUCCAUUUACUGCCAUGCCGCAUACAUCAUGAUGGUGAAGUCAAUCCAGUUGAAACGUACUGGAACCCCAUUGAGGGUGAAGACCAGACAAAGACGGCUUAUCUCAGAGGCCGCAAGCUUCACGGCAAAGUUGUGAAGUUGCCGGAGGGUUAUCACGGCUCUGUGGUUGAGAAAUCAACCCCAAAGAAGCCGGAGCAAAGUCGAGAGGAAAUGGUUGAGGAUCUUGAAAUUAUAGAAGACCCGGAAGACCAGCUCGAAGUAGGCGUAAUGCAAGGAAAAGCAACUUUUGAUGAAUUUGUGGUCUGGAAUCACGAGACCUUGGCCAAUUCGAGUGAAGAUCCGUACUUGAGAGGUAUGGAAGAGUGGAUAUCUUUUGCAGGACAGAUCCAUUCAUAUUCUUCUAAAAACCCUUCAGACAACUGAACUCGAAUGUACGACUUUCCUCGAGGUUCGGAGACUUAUACAGUCUUGUAGGGAAUCCGGCAUACAAGUCACUCUUGGUUUACGGGCAUGGCGUUCAGGAGUUCGCUGGGGUAACAAUCGAGACUAUGAGGUAGAUACAAGGAAUUCUACAUAUUAAUAGAAUCCAAAUUUACAAAUUUAAUAUUUAACUAUAA